CGGCGGCUUCAGUGUUGUGCCGCGGUACUGAGCAGAUACAGCUGUGAUUAUGAUUCAAAAAUAAUGGAGAAAAAAUGGGAAAAUCACGGACUGAGAUUACUGAGUACACCUACAGAGAUUUGGACUGGACGUAAAAAUGCCACAGCGUUUUAAUCCCACUGCCGAGGUCGGCAUUUUCUGGAUAUGACGCGGUGAAGUUACAGGAAUCUUUGUCCCGGACUGAAGAAAGACAAGCGGGCCUGAAAUCACACAGACGUCGGCUGAAGUUGAGCAACGGGCUGCGCUCGCUAAGUUAGCAUUUAGCUUGCCGUGAAAUACCAAGUUUUGUAUCCACUGGGAAGUCAUUUUAUAAGGGGUGACGCGUGCAGCACUUGGCUAUGCGUAGCGUGGUGUAACGCGUCUUUAAAGAAUUACUGCUUUCCAUGUCUUCGGUAACGUUAGCAGCAGUGAUAAUAGCAAGGCUAGCUGGCUAGCUAUCCGGCAGUGCUAGCUUGUUGUUCCCCUGCUAAGUUAGGCAGAAUAGAAACAAAAAAACAGACUGACACCGACCAGGUUUGGUUGGGGUUUUUGGUUUGUUUGUUUUGCAUACUAGAAAAUAUAUCUCAGCGGAGAUAUCUGCAAUUGUCUGUAAAAAAGUGGCAAUUGUCACCCAGCUUAAUAUACAUAGCACUCGACAAUAAGCAUGUUCUCCUUCCCGUCCGGUUAGAGCUUGAGUUACACUUUGGUUAUCUGUUCUUUUGAUCUUUAAUAGAUAUUUAUGUCACUGCGAUAAAGGACUUCUGGCUUUGGUUGUGGUUAUAUAAUUUCUUCAGCUGUCAGAAAGACAGCAGUAGUUGUUUUCAUUAGGUAAAGUUUUUUUUCCUAACUAAUACAUUUCUUAUCUUUAACUUUAGCAAUAAGGAUGAAUUGGUUUUCAGUACCACACUUUUGGCCCCCAGCGUGUUAUACAAAUAGGACAUUCCUGUGAGACUGUAGUGUGGUUUUAGUCUGAAAAUUACCUACUUGCCCACAAUUUGGAAUACUGAAAAGAAACAGGCAAAACAAGGACUUUAAGCUGAUGAACCCCCAUUCAGCAAGUUCAUGACAUAACAAACAUCAUCUUUGUUUUGGGUCAAGUAAGAGUGAUAACACACAAGGGGGUUGGUCGGUUACCCAUCCUUGUGUCGACAGGGGAAGUUUACAGUCGCUCAUCUUCAGCCUCCAUCUGCCCUGGGCUCAGAUGUGAGACGUCAUGGGCAGCCAGGGAAGCCCGGUGAAAAGCUAUGACUACCUGCUCAAGUUCCUCCUGGUCGGAGACAGCGAUGUGGGCAAAGGAGAGAUCCUGGACAGCCUGCAGGAUGGAUCGGCUGAGUCCCCGUAUGCUUACAGUAGCGGUAUCGACUAUAAAACCACCACCAUUCUUCUGGAUGGGAGAAGAGUGAAGCUGGAGCUUUGGGACACCUCAGGGCAGGGGAGGUUCUGCACCAUCUUUCGCUCUUAUUCCCGUGGGGCUCAGGGGAUCCUGCUAGUGUAUGACAUCACCAACCGCUGGUCUUUUGAUGGUAUCGACAGGUGGAUCAGAGAGAUUGAUGAGCAUGCGCCAGGCGUCCCUCGAAUCCUCGUAGGUAACCGGCUACAUCUGGCCUUCAAACGACAAGUUCCAACUGAGCAGGCCAGGGCGUACGCCGAAAAGAACGGCAUGACUUUCUUCGAGGUGAGCCCACUGUGCAACUUCAACGUCAUCGAGUCCUUCACAGAGCUGUCGCGUAUCGUCCUCAUGAGGCACGGCAUGGAGAGGUUCUGGAGGCCCAACAAAGUCUUCAGCCUCCAGGACCUCUGUUGCAGAGCCAUCGUGUCGUGCACGCCGGUCCACCUCAUAGACAAGCUCCCGCUGCCCGUCGCCAUUAAGUCCCACCUCAAAUCCUUCUCCAUGGCCAACGGCAUGAACGCCGUCAUGAUGCACGGACGCUCCUACUCGCUGGCCAACCCGGCUGGCGGCUCCAAAGGCAACAGCCUGAAGCGCUCCAAGUCCAUCCGUCCACCGCAGAGCCCUCCGCAGAACUGCACCCGCAACAACUGUAAAAUCUCCUAAAUAAAAGCUUCCUCGAGGGGUCCGUAAAAGACAACGAACGAUUGGGAUCAGGAGACGGAUGCACAGGAUGUUGUUAGUUGGAGGGAAAGAGCAUAUCCCUGAACCUGAAGAGCUGAAGAGCAGAAAUGAUGGAUAAAGGGAUGAAUGAGUUCAUCAUGAACUCAUGAUGAAGAGAGUGAAGUACUUUCCAGGUGUGCAGCUCGAAUGAUGCCUCAGGAUAUCAGAGGAGAAUGAGUAAAAACUUUUUGGUCUCUGCUGACCUGAUUCUCACUAUAUCCAUCUGCUAAAAUGAGAGAAAAAGACUCCAGAUUCACUCCUGUCUGCUGGAGUGUUAAAUUCAUGUACAGAAAUCCCUCAGCAACUCAUAUUUAGUUACUCUACAUGAUGCACGGCACUCGUUGUGUCUGCAUCACAGACGUCACCUCGGGAUCAACUUUUCACUUUUAUGUCGCACAUGUAUUUCUUGCUUCUGUCUGUCUGGUUAUAAUUCCACCCUUUUCUGUCCACACCUCUGUUUAUUUGCUGUUUUAUUGACCAAUAAGCUAAUGAUCAAGACACUAGCAACCAGUCAGUCCUUUAUGGAUCAUUGUUUAUCCUCAGCUGGCUGUAACAGUUGUGUUUGAACACUCAUUGUGCUUUGGAAGUUAAAAUGUUUAAUACGAUCUACAAGUAACACUUGCUGAAGUCAAAUCUUGGUGACAAGAUAAGUGAAGGUUCCCAUCCCGUUCUGUGGUUGAAGGGGAGGUCUUCAAGCAAAUCUGACCCCUAAAAUCGAGAAGGACACAACCUGAUCCAGGUCUCAGGUCCAGACUUGUUAGUGUGCCUUGAGUCUAAGUCAAGUCUAACUUUAUUUGUCAGAGGUUUGUAUAGACAGAAGUGUAAGCUUUGAUUGAACCUGACAGCAUCCAACAAACAACACGUGGUAUUUUUAAUGAGCCAGUUGACGUGCAACAAAUUCUUGGCCUAGAGUAGGUUUAGAUUUUAUUAUUAAUCUGUGGUUUACGGAGCAACCUUCUUCGACAGGAGGUGCUUGUUGCUAUGGAUACCAUUCGCCGCAUUUAAAAAUCUUUUAUAAACUUAAUUUUUAAUUUGAUGCAGAUUGAAGAAAAUUUUCAGCAAACUAAAACCAAAACUUGAACAAAAUGAAAACAGUGAGGGAAGACAGAGUGCAGUCUGGAAAUGUUCAGUAUUUUUCGUAUUGUCAACAAAUCCCAUGAAAAGACCAAAACCAACAGCUCUCAGCUCCGAGCCCAUUGGUUCCCACUGGAGAUUCUCUAAAAACUCCUCACAACUGUAUAAAUAGACACGUCCAUCUUGGUUUGGAUGAUUAAGUCAUGCGUUCUUUUCGCCUCAGGUACAAUUUUCUUUUGGGCCGGUAAAGACCUCUACAUUGCACGACUUUAUUUCCCUCUGUUAGGGAACUGUUGAUCUUUUCUUUUUGACCCAAGAGCUUCUGGAAGUUGUGGCCUUGAGAUGAGAUGGAGAAGGACAGCUCCACAUCUGCGUCACCCAGUGGUGCUGUCUGGAUCCGGGCAGAGAUUAACUUUACUGUCACUCCCUUCCUCCUCUUUCUCCUUUCUCUUUCCCGUCUCUUCGUCUCCCCGUCGAGUGUUUAUGGACUCCUACUCCUCAUGCUUUCAGAUUUCACACCUCACCUGUCAUGAUACGCCUGUUACGUGCAGCAAAAGCAUUCCUCUGCUUAUCUUGUGUUUAUCACAAAACAUGCACACACCACAAUCAGUCCAAGCUAAUUUUAUAUGAACACAUGUACACAAUACACUCAACUCUAUCUGCUCCCUCGUCAUGAUACUCCACCCGAAUCUAUGUUUUGAGUUUCCCACUGUGUGCUUAGCAUGUGCUUGGUAGUAUGCUGUUAUAGUGUAUUUAGUCACAGUAUUUUGGCAGAGUGUUGGAACAUACUGAACUAGAGGGGAAAUGAUUAAUCAGUCAAUAGAAAAAUAACUGAUUGAUUAAUGUUAAGGGACAGUGCUAGAUAUUUUCUGUUUUUUAGCCUCUCCAAUGUGAGAAUUUGCUGCUCAUGAUCUGUUUUAUAGAAUUUAAAACUGAACAUGCCUGGGCUUUGGACUGUUAGUUGUUAUUUGAAUAUGUGUACUUGGCCUCUGGGAAACUGUGAUGGACAUUUUUCUCAGAUUUGUACAGUUUAAUCCUUUAACCAUAGAAAUAAUCAACUGCUUAAUGAAUUAAUAGUUGCAACCCUAAGCUGAACGUACCGAUGGACUGUAGAGAAGUUUCUAUAGACAUAUUGAUUCAUUCUUCCACUGUGAAACUGGCCUUAUUUACUGUGACAGACGUGAAUCCCAGAGAGGAGUGUUUGAUACUUAAAAAGAUUUUGGGUGGAAUAUCACUUUAACUAUCCUGUUCCCAAGUUUUAAAAACCAGUAAACACGCAUAUGCACUGUUGCUCCUCGAAGUCUUGUUUUACUGUAGUGCGUGGAGUCCAUAUUGAGUCCCCCAUCCCUCCCAUUCCUGGUAUGUACUAAUGUAUUUUCCAUACAUUCAUUUCAGUGUGAGACAUGGAGCAGGCAUGAGCCCAGAGGGCAGGAAGCACAGAUAUCUGAGGCUGUCUGAAAAGCGUAGCUCCCGGUGUUUGACUUGUCCCCAGAUGAUGGUGAGAGUGACGGUGAUGGUCUGAUGAGUGUCGACAGAAACGAGUCAGAGUAGCUGGACAGGAUCGUGUUAUGCAGAGACAGAAGUUCUCAGGUAAGGUGUAAUAUUCUCAGUGUUGGUCGUAAACUGUGAGCCACGUUCAUCAGUUCUCUCUGAAUGUCACUCACUCCUCUUCACGACCAACUGCUCAUUUCCCAGUUUUAACUAAAAGGACCAAGUUAUUAUUAUUAUUAUUUUGGAUGUUAAGCCCAUUGGUUGGAUUUACUUCACAUUCCUGUUGACAGUUCCAAAGCAGAUCAUUAGUUAUUGAGUACGCUGCGAAGAUGAACCUGUACAGAGUUAAAACGUGUUUGAUGUUGGUAAUCCAUGAGACUGAACGUUUGGUCCUCAUUUUUGUCAGCAAUGUUGUAGAAGUUGAUCAACGGAAGGUUUAGAUAAUCCGUGAAUCAUUCUCAUGAUUUUUCAGUAACAUACUAAACAUUCACUAGUUCCAGCUUCUCGAAUUCGUGGAGAUUUACAGCUCCUCUUGGUCUUCCGUGACAGUAAAUUGAAUAUUUUUGGGUAUGUUGCUGUUGAUAGUACAACGUCUGAUUCAUGUAUUUAUUGUCGGUUGGGGCUCACCUGUCAUAACAGCUUGCUGAGGGGCAACACAGUGUGGCGAACCGCCGUGUUUUUAAUUUUUUUUGGACGACAUUGGAGCUCUAUGGCAAAGAGGAGUAAGAUAUAUCAGGCUUUGAUUAAAAAACACUAGUUAUUAGGAACAUUCAUUGCUAGUUUUGGUCUUUUCAUGGGGAGAAAAAUUCAGAAUAUCAGGAGACUUACGGUUUAAAUAUGAGUACUCUGUGAUCCCAAGAUAACAACGUAAUGAAGUUGUGAUCAUGAGAAAACAAUUAACAGGCCUGAGAAAUGAUAAGCAGCCAUGUGUUUCCCCCUCAUGCUCUCACUACGUAGUGCAUUCAUGUCCGGUGAGGCAGACGGCAGAUACUUGUAAAUAUUGUUCAACAACGUGGACACGUCUGGGCUUAUUCUGUUGAUCUGAGUUAGCACUCGCUGCCUUUUCAACCGUCACACUGCGCCAUCUGUAUCUCCAAUGGGCCUGAAUGCAGCAUGUCUUCCCUUCUUUUCCUCUGAUCUGCUCCACUGCCUCCGCAUGCUGCCCCAUGAUUCAUAGCUGCUGAAUAAUACAUGCUCUUUUCAUAGAUCUCUGGAGGGCUUCAUCAGUACGCCCCAGCUCCCCACAUAGGAAGCUCUGCUUGCUGCCUGGUUUGUUCCUUAGUCCUCCUCAGCCUCUGUUUUCUGUCCUGUUUCCCUCCUCUAAAAUAUGAAGAAUCUGAUUAGCAGCAGGCUUUCAGUUGUAACCCUUUUUCCCCCACAUUUUUCUUUUCCUCUGGUGUCUUCUCCUCAGGUGUUCAGUGGCACUGCCCUCUUAGUUCGUUCAGCUCAGCGUCUUUGUUCGUCUUCAGCGUGUAGUUUAGUGUGAGAGUUGGUGGACUCUCCAUUUGUCUUCCCUCCUCUCCACCGUCUCUCUCUCUCUUAUCUCAGGGAGUUGUCUUUGCCUCCAGACCUGAAGCUGUCUUGACUCACACGGUGAAUCCUCCUCGUUUUAGGGAAGAUUUCCACUGAUCCAGAGUCGGAUUACUGCAGCAUUAAAGGAUCAAAUCAGUUUUUUACUUGCUUGAGCCCCUUUCCUCUAAAUCAUUUCUUUUUUAAAUCAGUUGCUCUCAACUUUUUUUGCUUGUGACCCUUUUAAACAAAACUGUGUCUGCUUGCAACCUUUCAUCACUGGUUGCAAAUGUUUACUGGUGGUGAGCAGUUCAAUCAAAGAGUUAUUUUUUUCUUUCUCACGUUUUAUUUAAAUACUUUUUAUUCAGAUAAAACAGUGUGACCUGUAGAGACACAAUUGUCCAGUAAUUUAACAGCACAUGGCUUAUAUUAUGUUUUUCCUGCUCUUUUGUACUGCUAUUCAUCCAACAACGCCUCAGAUUCAUUCUGCAAGCGUCUGAUGGGUUCCCGAACCACUGCUUGACAUUACUUCAAAAUAUUUCAUAAAGCCUUUAGACUUUUGUUUUGCUAUCUCUACAACUUAAACAUGGUAUUGCUUUGAAAUUUGCGGUGAAUAUUCAUGCUACCCCGGUAAAGAUUCUGAUGACCCCGUAACUUUUAUUCUUGCACCACCAUUUAUUUUAUAUUUUUAGCUGCAUUGCUGGUAAGGCUCCAAGAGUAGCUCAAACAUUAGCAUGUUCUUUGUUCCAGUCAACUAUUUUGUGUUGUGGAGUUGAAUGUGUUUUUCCUUCCUUCCACACAACCACAGGGUUCCAUUCAUUUUGUUAACUUAACUUAGAUAAUCUAUUGAAGUGAACAUCACGUCUGCAUUUAUUUAUGUUAUCGUGCUAAAAGCAGUGCAGACUUCAAGUAAGUCUGCACUUAAAACUAUACGACCGAAAUAAUACACAAACGCAUGCUCACAACUGUGGUUGAUUAUCUAAACCUGUGGUUCCCAACCCCAUUUAGCUUCUGACACCUAAAAAGGAAGCAUUUGCGACUUGUGUCCCCACAUCACAGGUUCUGGCCUAAAGCUGGAGUUACAAACGGUUCAACCAGAGACUGAUUUUUUUCAUCUUUGAUUGUUUAAUCGGAAGGAUUUUUAGAGCAGUGGUUUUUGAGCCUUUAAUAUGUAGCAGUGUCUCAUUGUGACUCCUCGUCACAGGUUACACGUCUGUAAAUUUUGAGCAGUUCAGUUAAAAAGUCAUUAGUGACAAGAUGGUGACAAAUUAAGCACUACGUGCUUUGGAAAAUUACAUUAUUCCCAUGUGAUUUGUAGUAAAUGGGCUAAAACCUGCGAAAGACACUGAUUUGUUCCUUUAAGGAGGCUAAAAAUGAAUUGGAGUAACUGACCAGAAGAGCAUUUUAGUCAUGGCUACAGUCCCUGUGUGUCCCAGAGUUAAAGGAUAAGAUAGAGAUUUAGCAACAGCAGGCACACACCAGCCAUUUACGGAAUCGGUGUGUCAGCGUUCGUUUCCUCACCACCAGUGUUUUCAGAAAGAAGGAGCGAUUCUAUAAAAUGAGCUAAAAAGGAAUUUAACUCGAGCUUGUUGCCAAGAUUUUUUGAAGAGGUUUCCCGCUCAGAAAUGAACAGGAAAAGGCAUUUAUUGUUGUUGUUGCUGCCAACUCAUGGAGCAUAUUAACCCUCACUGGGUGUGAUGAUAUUGUUUUGUGAUGUGUUGUACAUCCAGCCUCUUUGUGUUCUGUGAUAACGCAACCAUUUCCCUCCAGGUUGUGGUUCUUCCUUUGUUUUGUGUGGACUUCCUCAUUGUUUGUUGAUUGUGUUUCUCCUGAACUGAGUUGCCAUUUUGGAUUUCCAUGGACUUUUUUUUUUAAAAUGAUGGAAAUGUUUGUAGAGGAUGGUGGGAGAUUGAUUCAGGACCCUUCAGGGAUACCCUCUAACAUCGCCUGUUGUUGGCGUGUUUGUGUAAAGGAGCAGACUGUUGUGAUAAUGAUAACAACUUACAGAAAAAAAAAACACCUGUAAAACACUAUUCUUGUUUUUGGCUAAAGCUGCUGAGUAAUCUGAGUGUGUGUGUGCGUGUGUGUGUGUGUGUGCGUGCGUGUGUGCGUGCGUGCGUGUGAGAAACAAUUUCUUCAAACACAAAGCUGAACAUUUUUCUUUUUUUAAAUUAUUGAUUGUACAGUUUCAAGGCCAGGGUAUGAAGAGAAAGACUUUUUCACAAUAAAACUAUUGAA